AGGUGAGAAUUGGGAAAUAGUCAUUUUUAAAUCGCUUACAUAAGUGGAAUCUUGGAGUGUGAAAGCACAGUCGUACUGUGAGAAUUCUUCAAUUUUUUGGUGUUUUAGACUGAACGAUAGUGUCAAGUUUUCCGAGAUGAAAAUAAUUAUUCUAGUCAGUGUGCUGUCCGUGGCGUGUGCCCUAAGGCUAGCCCGUAAAACUCCUUCAAGAUAUUAUAACAACGAUUUGUUCGAUUAUUCACCAAACGACGAAUACACCCUACCGAAAGAUUUUGAAAAUGAUAACAACAAAGCGCCAGUUAGCUUCCAGGGCGACGUUAAACAAGCGAAAAUCUUAGCCCAAGAAAAUAAGAACCACGGGCAAGGAAAAUUCAAAUACAGUUUGCAAACGCAAAAUGGAAUUGAGUUAACUCAAGUUGGAAAGCUGAAGGACGAGCACACAUUUGUGGUUAGCGGUUCAUAUUCCUACACCGGUGCUGAUGGCAAGCGCUACAGGGUUAGGUACACUGCUGAUGAACUUGGAUAUCAUCCUAUUACCGAAUUGGAUGUCGAAAUUCCAGAAAUUCAACCGCAGGCACCAAGGCUGAGCAGACCGAAUUUGUUUGACUUGCAAACGAAAAGCACGGGAAUCUUAAGGCCACCAGUAGCUAAACCAGCCAAUGACUUAUACAAUACACGUAUCAACGGAUAUAACUACGACCGGCCAAUAAAUAGAAGCCCUUUCCCAGGAUCUCCUCAGUCCCCCGAUAAAUUCUACCUUCCAGUUUUUUAACAACCGUUUUCCUGCAAAAUUAAUGUAUUACAUUAUGAAUCGUGUGUUCACUGUGAUGAUUUUAUAUUAAAAUUUUCCAUGAGAAAAUAUA